GCCACCAAGGCGCGCGAAGGUCCCUAGCUGCUUUAGCUGGACAGCAUCGCGAAUCCUCCGGGAGUAUCAUAUCCUGCUUCGGCUGCAUCCUGAACCUGGCCCCGGUUGUGUUGUCCGCUGUAGUUCUCAGCAAAGGUGACUUUAACUUGGAGAAGCCGAAGUUCCCGGGGGAGGGGGACAUGAAGACACUAGAUUGUCCCACAACAGUCUCCUCCUCCGUGGUGACAUUAGACAAAGCCCGUUUGGGUGGGUCUUUGGUCGCCACCGCUCUUAACGGCUGCUCAACCAAGUAAGGUGGCUCCAGGAGCUCGGAGACAGGGGAAGAAGAAGGCGCCUCCAUGAGGCUUUAGAAAAAGCUAAUGGGUGGGACAGAGAGUACAGCUCCGGGAUCUAAAUUGGGAGUCUCGGAAUAGAAGGAGCUGCAAGGCUGAUCGAGCACGGCAAACUGGCUUGUUUGGAUGGAGAGUUGCCUAGGCAAGCGGAGUACUUGAGAGCCUCUCCUGCCCCCUCUCCAGCGUGCUUUCCAGAGAUGAGGUCACAGCCCCUCGGAGCCCUCCUCCUCCCUCCAGUCCCUCUUGCUCCCCGGUCUCCUCCAGCGUCAGGCGCUGGGCACUGAGAAAUGAGGCGACAGUGGGCAAAGAUGAAGUAGCGCAAGGGGUCCCUUGGAAAAUGAGGCCAGGGUACCUGCUGCAGCUCGUGCUGCUGCUCGCCCUGCCCAGCAGCCAGUGGGGCCGAGAGUGUGUGUCUCCACCCUGCGAGUGUCACCAGGAGGACGACUUCAGAGUCACCUGCAAGGAACUACACCGGAUCCCCAGCCUACCACCCAGCACCCAGACUCUGAAGCUCAUCGAGACUCACCUGAAGACCAUCCCCAGUCUCGCGUUUUCAAAUCUGCCCAAUAUUUCCAGGAUCUAUUUAUCUAUAGAUGCAACUCUGCAGCGGCUGGAGCCACACUCUUUCUACAACCUGAGCAAAAUGACUCACAUAGAAAUCCGCAACACCAGAAGCUUAACUUACAUAGACCCUGAUGCACUAACAGAGCUGCCCUUGCUCAAAUUCCUUGGCAUUUUCAACACUGGACUCAGAAUAUUCCCUGACCUGACCAAAAUUUAUUCAACUGAUGUAUUCUUUAUACUGGAAAUCACAGACAACCCUUACAUGACUUCAGUUCCUGAAAAUGCAUUUCAGGGACUAUGCAAUGAAACCUUGACCCUGAAACUAUACAACAAUGGAUUUACUUCAGUUCAAGGACAUGCUUUCAAUGGGACAAAGCUGGAUGCUGUUUAUCUAAACAAGAAUAAGUUCCUGACAGCUAUUGACAAAGACGCCUUUGGAGGAGUAUACAGCGGACCAACCUUGCUAGAUGUGUCUUCCACUAGUGUCACCGCCCUUCCCUCCAAAGGCCUGGAGCACCUGAAGGAACUGAUCGCCAAAGACACUUGGACUCUCAAGAAGCUCCCUCUGUCCUUGAGUCUCCUCCACCUCACACGGGCUGACCUCUCUUACCCAAGCCACUGCUGUGCUUUUAAAAACCAGAAGAAAAUCAGGGGAAUCCUGGAGUCCUUGAUGUGUAACGAGAGUAGCAUCCGGAAUCUGCGCCAGAGAAAAUCGGUGAAUGUGCUGAGAGGUCCCCUCUACCAGGAGUAUGAGGAAGAUCUGAGUGACAAUGGUGUUGGGUACAAACAAAACCCCAAGUUCCAGGAGAGCUCGGGCAACUCUCAUUACUACGUAUUCUUUGAAGAACAAGAGGAUGAGAUCCUUGGUUUCGGCCAAGAGCUCAAAAAUCCUCAGGAAGAGACUCUGCUAGCCUUCGACAGCCACUAUGACUACACUGUGUGUGGGGACAAUGAAGACAUGGUGUGCACCCCCAAGUCGGAUGAGUUUAACCCCUGUGAAGACAUCAUGGGUUACAAGUUCCUGAGAAUCGUGGUGUGGUUUGUCAGUCUGCUGGCUCUCCUGGGCAACAUCUUUGUCCUGUUCAUUCUCCUGACCAGCCACUCCAAACUGACCGUGCCUCGCUUUCUUAUGUGUAACUUGGCCUUUGCGGACUUCUGCAUGGGGGUAUACCUGCUUCUCAUCGCCUCUGUGGACCUGUCCACGCAGUCUGAGUACUACAACCACGCCAUCGACUGGCAGACUGGCCCUGGGUGCAACACGGCUGGCUUCUUCACCGUUUUUGCCAGCGAACUCUCGGUGUACACACUAACCGUCAUCACCCUGGAGCGAUGGUAUGCCAUCACCUUCGCCAUGCGCCUGGACAGGAAGAUCCGCCUCCGGCACGCGUACACCAUCAUGGCGGGGGGCUGGGUUUCCUGCUUCCUCCUGGCCCUGCUCCCCAUGGUGGGAAUAAGCAGCUAUGCCAAGGUCAGCAUCUGCCUGCCGAUGGACACGGACACGCCUCUUGCUCUAGCCUACAUUGCCCUCGUUCUGCUGCUCAACGUCGUUGCCUUUGUCAUCGUCUGCUCCUGCUAUGUGAAGAUCUACAUCACAGUCCGGAAUCCUCAGUACAACCCUCGAGAUAAAGACACCAAGAUCGCCAAGAGGAUGGCCGUGUUGAUCUUCACCGACUUCAUGUGCAUGGCCCCAAUCUCCUUCUACGCCCUGUCGGCUCUGAUGAACAAGCCCCUUAUCACCGUCACGAACUCCAAAAUCUUGCUGGUUCUCUUCUACCCCCUCAACUCCUGCGCCAAUCCAUUCCUCUAUGCCAUUUUCACUAAGGCCUUCCAGAGGGAUGUGUUCAUCCUGCUCAGCAAGUUUGGCAUCUGCAAACGCCGGGCCCAGGCAUACCAGGGUCAGAGAGUGUGCCCAAACAACAGCACUGGUAUUCCAAUUCAAAAGGUUCCCCAGGACAUGAGACAGAGUCUCCCCAACAUGCAAGAUACCUACGAACUCCUUGAAAACUCCCACCUAACUCCAAAAAUACAGGGGCAAAUCUCAGAAGAGUAUAAGCAAACGGCCUUGUAAAGUGACUCUGCACUCUCCGCAGUGGGACUUUAAAAGCCUGGUUUCUUGAACGCACAUUCUAAUCUAGGAUAUAUGGAUGCGUAGCUUCAGGCAGGUGAUGUUUCAUAGGGACACAGUUGAUCUCUAAAGAGUAUUGUCUCCAAGAAGGGAGAGAAGCUAGCAGCCUAUCCAAGUCCCAGGUAACAUGGAAAUAGCCCAUGCUCUCCAGGGGACAUGCUCGUCUUUGACACUGGGCGACAUACUCCACAAAUACCAACGAACUCUUCCCCAACUGCCUUCUCUGCUUAUGUAGUGUUGUUUAAUACUGAAGAGCCAAUAGAUCGCCAGAGUCCAGUUACUUAAUCAGCUUCAUGCUGGCUCCCCUGAUAUAACCAAAGAAAGUUUUUGUCCCUUAAAAUUAAAAUGCCACACUUGAGAGGUGGAGGCAGGGCAGAUCCAAACUUCAUCCUUAGCUACAGAGUGAGUUCCAAGCCUGUCUAGUCUACAUGAUAGCCCAUCUCAAGACCCAAAGAACUCUGGAAAGCCAAAUACGACUAGAUGUUACAUAAUUGCUUCCACUAAACAUGAAAAGGGGGAAGUUUAACUGUGAGAGGUUUUUUCUAGGCUCUGAAACAAGUGUCACUUCACCAGAAUCUACCUGCUGUGACUGACCCAGCUGUCCUGCAUUGGUUGGAGAACCUGCUGAGAUUCCAUCUUUUGUUGUUGAGCAAUCUAAGAAUUAUCUUCUUGUAGAAGAUGAGAGCUCCGGAAGACAUUUCUAAGCAACAUGUGGGAAUGAGGUCAGACCACACUUAGUCACCUGUUGAACAAUGUGACUACACACCAGUUAACUGCUGGGCUUUGAGCAAGUCCCUGGAAUUUCAAAUUGGAUGGAGGCACUUGUUGCCUCUUCCAUUUUAAAAAUUCUAGGUAUCGCUUGUCUUUAAAGAUACAUUUUUAUGUAUCUUUAAACCUGGUUUUUCUAUUUUGCAGAGCUGCUGUCUACUUUUUGGAACCAUGCUAUGACCCAAGAAGAUUUUCCUUUAUUUUGUUUUAUUUUGAUUAUAUCUAAGCCAAAAAUUCUUCUGAGUGACUAUAUGGAGACUGAUUCUAAUUAUUCAUCUAAUUAUUAUGUCUAUACUGCUGUUAAGUCCAACAGACUGACAUUUAUGCAAUAGAUUAAUAAUACAGCCUGGCGUGAUGGCGCACACCUUUAAUCCCAGCACUUGGGAGGCAGAGGCAGGUGGAUCUCUGAGUUCAAGGCUACCCUGUUCUACAAAGCAAAUUCCAAGACAGCCAGAGCUACACAGAGAAACCCUGUCUCAAAAAAACAAAACAACAAAAUAUAGACUAAUAAUGGAGUUAUUAUGCGACUGUGUAGACUCACUUCCAAGCAUUUACCUCAUCCUCACAGGUUGGUUACUUAGCACUCAGCAGUUCACACCAUACUAGCAUUGUCAAGAGAGAAACCUUUUCAUCUGACGCUGCCAGAUUCUUUCUAAGCCUGCCAGUCACUGACAUAAAACAUUUAUGGCCAAUAGUGAGCUUGCUUCAAACGGCCAGGAGUUCGUGUCUACAGGAGUACCUUCCAGGUUUCCUGACUGGAGAGCUCCUUACUACACUGUUCUACUGCCUCACCUCACCCGCUAAGCAGAUCUGGCAUUUGCUUCUCAGUGUUCACGACCCAAAGCAUACAUACAAUAAAAGGGUUUUUGUCACUUUAAGUCUGCGAAGUAGGGUUUUGUGGGUCCUUAUUUAACUGCCCUGGCAUGUCGUCACAGUCCAAAAGCAUUGGCUUUCCCGACAGUUCACUCGUAAUUACUGAAGUUAAGCAAAUGUGUUACCCAUGACACGAGUUUCUCUCUCAUGAUGUCUUGGUACCACAUCUGGAGUGAUGAUGUGCUUCAUUUCGAGUAGCUGAUCUAGCGCUUUGAAAACGAAGUCCUAGAGGAGUGACUCGAACAAGAUUGUUACCAAAAUUCACAAGGGCAAAAUGAAAUACAUUUUUUUUCCUGUACUAUGGUAUAUGGUAUUUUUUUAAUUUGUUGAUUUCUUUUGAAAUUAACAUUAUAUGUGUAUGUUAAAGUCAAAGAGGAGAAAACACUAUGCACAGUUGCUGAGACAACCACAUUGAUUGAUUAGCAACUCCAAGAAUGUUAAUUAGGAUUCAUUAGUGGGCGUCGAUGGAUAAGAAUAGAAAGAUAGUAAAACAAAUACAGACUGGGAUUUCAGCUCGUAGAGAGGUGGGAAUUUUGUAGGUUCGGAGACUAAUUGCUUAACUUGGGUUUAGCUUUAGCCCCUCUGAGACAGCCCUUCUUUGUCCCACUCUGUAUCUGAACUAACUAACACCUUGUGGUAGGUAAUAAAUAAAAACCUCUUAGAGGUUUUAAAAACCUCUGCUGUUAACUUAGCAGAACACUAGCUUCCACCAAUCCAAGAGCUAAGGCUACAUCAGAUGGCCUCUGUGGUCUCUAGAAUAGCUCCCCUAUCUCAUUGCACCUCCCUCUCUGGUGGACCCACCAAUGGAUUUUUAAUUUACCUUAAUUUAUGGUUUUCUUUGUUUGUAAAACUAUAAAAAAAAAGACUUUGUAAAACUGUUUUCAUGUUGGAACAAAGAAUUUGCAAUAACCUAAAUAAGCCAUGGUCACUCAUAAUGGCUCCAGAAUAAACUAUCUCUUAAACCCUAUAAGAUGAGAGCUACGGUUCUUAUAUAGGCAGGGGCUUGCUUACAGUUUCAGUGGGUUGGUCCAUUAUCAUCAUGGCAGGGAGCAUGGCAGCAGAAAGGUAAGCAUGAUGCUGGAGAAGUAGCUAAGAGCUAUAUCCCGAUCUGCAGGCAGAAAAAGAGACUGGGCUUGGCAUGGGUUCUUCAAACUUAAAAGCCCGCCCCCCAGUGACACAUUUCCUCCAACAAGUCCACACCUCCUAAACCUUCUAAUCCUUUCAAACAGUUCCACUUCCUGGUGAGCAUGCAUUCAAAUAUAUGAGUGGCUUAUUCAAACCACUACAACUACCAUGUGAUCCAGAAACCUGUCUGUGGGUAAGAAACCCAGAAUCCUUACGUGAGCAGAAGAACUAAGGCGCUGAAGGGAUGGCUCCGUGGUUAAGAGUACAUGCUGUUCUUGCAGAGGACUAUGCACCAGUUCCUAUGCCAGAGGCUCUCAAACCCCUGUAACUCCAGAUCCAGGGGCUCAGAUGCCCUCUUCUGCCCUCUGAGGGUACAUGCACCCACAUAGUGCACCCAUGCACAGAUACAUGCAUAU